GAUAAUUAUUUUGUUCCCCAGAUACACAUUUUCCCCAGAACACUUUUAGUCAAGGAUUAACCAACAGGAAUCCAAAGAAACCGGAGUAGGCUAAUUAUUCCUCCAUUGUUUUGGAGGCAGCUCGGAGGAGGGGAUGGAUGCGAGGAGUAGAGGCAGCUUUCUGACGGACCCUGCUCCUCUGUGAUGCAGCUGUUUAUGCUGGCUGUGAAAAAAACCCCUACACCCCGACGACUGCUCUUAUAACGCUAACGGGCGAGAAAUCAGCGGCUAUUUGUUAUUCUGCACGUGUUGGGAUUGCAUAUGAAGAACUGGGAAAGCCAUGUAGCCAGUGCCGUGCACACAGAGGGAGAGAAUACACCGCCGCUUUGAUUUGUAUUCAGAUUUUCCUCGCUAGGGUGAUUUCACCGUUUGUUUUCUUCUUCCUCCUCAGCUGUUUUUUUUCUUUUUCUUCUUGGUUUUUUUUGUUUGUUUUUUUGUUUCGACCAUGGAAGCCAGAUACUAACUCGGUGAUAUCACAGAAGUGUACCAGGAGAGAGGACAGCAUUGGCAUCUAUCCAUGCGCGCUCCACACCGGGCUAUUAUGUGACCCCGGCCGAGGUACCUACCACACACGUUUUUCUACAUCUACACUUUCUCUAAGGAUUUUCAUGUAAGAACUGAGUAUUUUGAGGAUAUCUUGGGUAAAAUGCUCGGCUGUUUUGCCGGCUGUCAGUGACGCAACAUCUCACACAGACUGCAUGAGAAAUACAUGCGUAGAAGGGCGUGAACUUGCAGACACUAACCUCCUUUCCUGUUAAUAAAGCAUCUGCUUAUCUAUAAAGCCAGUUUCCUCCGUGUGCAAUCCUAUACCCUUCAGUCAUCGCAACUCAUCCCUGGGCCACUAUGGAUCUCAAAGCGGACUCUGAGGACAUGGACUACAAGCAGCCGGCUCCCAUUGAAGUUUUCGCCAGCAGGUCCACGCUGCAUGGCAUCUCGCACAUGUUCACUUAUGAGCGGAUGUGUAUCAAGCGCACCCUGUGGAUUUUGUUUUUCCUGAGCUCCGUGGGUGUGCUGGUCAUGGUGUGCGUGGACCGGGUGCAGUUGUACUUCCAGUACCCGCACGUCACCAAACUGGACGAGGUGUCGGCUCCGAUGAUGGUGUUCCCCUCUGUCACCUUCUGCAACCUCAACUCCUUCCGUUUCAGCCGGGUGACGAGCAACGACCUGUACCAUGCUGGGGAGCUCCUUGCUUUGCUCGACGGCAGGUAUGAGAUCCGGGACAAAAACAUGGUGGAGGAAAAUGUCAUGAAGAUUUUGACGGAGAGGGCCAACUUUGACAACUAUAAGCCCCGCCCCUUCAACAUGCGUGAAUUCUAUGACCGAACCGGCCACGACAUCAAGGAAAUGCUGCUCUCCUGUUUCUACCGAGGCGUCGCGUGCAGCGCCGAAGACUUCCAAGUGAUAUUCACACGCUAUGGGAAGUGCUACACCUUUAAUUCAGGCCAAGACGGACGACCCCUCCUGGUGACGAUGAAGGGUGGGAUGGGUAACGGCCUGGAACUGAUGUUGGAUAUCCAGCAGGAUGAAUACUUGCCUGUAUGGGGAGAAACUGACGAGACGUCGUUUGAAGCAGGGAUCAAGGUUCAGAUCCACACACAGGACGAGCCACCGUUUAUAGAUCAGCUGGGCUUCGGAGUGGCGCCGGGCUUUCAGACGUUUGUGUCCUGCCAGGAACAACGGCUGACGUACCUGCCUCCACCUUGGGGGGACUGCAAGGCCUCGGCGAUGGACUCAGACUUCUUCAACACUUACAGCAUCACAGCCUGCCGAAUUGACUGCGAGACACGAUACCUGGUGGAGAACUGCAACUGCAGGAUGGUCCACAUGCCAGGAGAUGCCCCGUACUGCACCCCAGAGCAGUACAAGGAGUGUGCAGAUCCUGCCUUGGACUUUCUUGUCGAGAGAGACAAUGACUAUUGUGUGUGCGAGACGCCGUGCAACAUGACGCGCUUCGGUAAAGAGAUGUCCUUUGUCAAGAUACCCAGCAAAGCAUCAGCCAAGUACCUCGCCAAGAAAUUCAACAAGACAGAGCAGUACAUAGCUGAUAACAUUCUGGUCCUGGAUAUCUAUUUUGAAGCACUAAACUACGAAACCAUCGAACAAAAGAAAGCCUACGAAUUGGCAGGCCUUCUGGGUGAUAUCGGAGGUCAGAUGGGUCUCUUCAUUGGAGCUAGCAUCCUCACUAUUCUCGAACUCUUUGACUAUCUAUAUGAGGUGAUCAAAUACAAGUUGUGCCGAUGCGUGAAGAAGAAACACAAAGGCCGCAACAACAACGACCGGGGAGCUGUGCUGAGCCUGGAUGAUGUGAAACGCCAUGCUCCUUGCGAGAACCUGCGUACACCAUCAACAUAUCCUGGCAACAUGCUACCUCAUCACCCGGGCCAAGCCAACUUUGAAGACUUCACUUGCUGAGCAGACCCCGGGGGAAGUGUGUGUUAUGCAACCAAAGCCAACCAUACAACAAGAACUAUCCAGCACGGGGGGAGUGUGAGGAACUGAUACAAAGUCUAACAGAGGCACUUUUUACAUAGAUACGGGGUAAAGCGGACAAAUCAAACACGACAAAUAACUGUCACCCGAGGCCAAGCAGAGAGGAUAUCCCAAAAAUUAAAAAUAUCUGUCAAUUUUCCGGAGAACAUUUCAUGCAGCACUCUUCUAUCUCUUGUGUAUCUCUGGAAUACUGCCGCAGAGGAUGCUCUUGGAGGAACCUUGCCAACACGGACCUCUCUAUCUCUUUCAAAAGACAAAAAAAAUAAAUGUAAAAAUAAACAUGUACAGCUAUCUUACCAUAGACAGCAGAUCAUAAAAAAGAGCCCCCAUGCCUUUAUAUAACACAGCAACACACAAUGGUUUCACACAACACCGGCCUGCUAGUGAGACACAUCCUGCUUAAUCCACUUUACAUGUAGCAACAUAAUGUACCUGUUGCAGUGCUCCGAAAAACAUCAGCUGGACUCUGUGUAGUUGAGAAUGUAUUUAUGUUCACGAUGGGUGUAGUUGGGUGUGCAGGGACGUUUUCGGGGGGCUUGUGGUAGAGAUAGAGGUGCAUUAUCUACCAUUUAAAAAGUACUGGUGAUGAUUUCAGGUCUCAUCAUGUAAAUGCAUGCUUGUAUUUGUCCAAUGCAUGUAUUUCAUUUCAUCUAUCAUUUUUCUUUUUUACACAUAUAUAUAUAUAUAUAUAUAUAUAUGUAUAUAAAUGAUAUUAGUACCAAGUUUGCCUCAAUGAUAUAAGGAAGAUUAUACAUCCCAUAUAUAUGUGUGUGUGUGUGUGUGUGUGUGUGUGUGUGUGUGUGUGUGUGUGUGUGUGUGUGUGUGUGUGUGUGUGUGUGUGUGUGUGUGUGUGUGUGUGUGUGUGUGUGUGUGCCCAGUUAGCCUGUGUCUGCUGACUGAAUGAAUGAGCUGCAACAAAUUUAAUUUCUCAUCUGUUAUUUCAUUUUCACGCGUGCCCUUUGAGUCGAGGAGUUUUCAUUCAACUUCAUUAACUCUUAUCUCGACUGCAGGAUGAGGUUAGGUGAAUUAUUUUUCAAGUUGAUCGCUGAAAUCCAAGUAAUGUGGGGCUGUUAAAAAGUUUCUGUAUCCGUGUUCUUGUUGCAAGAGUCUUAUCAAAGCACAAUACCGCCAGUAUGUUGAGGUGAUGUAAAAGACAACGUACUAUUCUUCUUGAUAUAUUGUCAUAUUAUUAAUAUCGUGUUGAUCCAACGGUUUUUCGGUUGUUGUUUUUUCUGUCAUAUAAAACAUAAUCAAUAUUGCCUGAUAAUCCUGUCUCCAUCGUCCAGGUAAAAGGCUGGUCUAUUUAGUUAUCAAAGCAUAAAUAAAAUGUAUAUAUCAUUUUGGAAAUUGUUAUUCUUCUGAGGUUUUAUUCUUAUCAGCGAAUUCAGUCUUCAAAGCCUCUAUUUGUCCGUUUGGUCGAGGUAAGCGUGGGGGAAAGCAAUGUAUUUGUCAACUCCAGAUACUGUGCAAAUGUUCAUUUUUGAAUCACAAGUAGCUCUCAGAAAAUCUGAUUAAGCAUUCUGGGCUUAGGGAUUUUCUCAAUUUUUCUCUUAUCAACAUUUUAUCUGUGUUUUGCUUCACACAACAUUUUUGGGAAUUAAGUCAGCAUUAAGGGUUUAGGGGCAGGAGUCUGGCAUUAAAACAUUUAUUACUUAUCCACUGCAACCGUUCAUCUGUUGCAGUUAAACAGCUGCGAGCAACAACAUUGGUGUUUCUGAGCUCCAUACUCUUGAAAUGUAAUUACAGUUUCUGCUGCUCAGUGACAAAAGAAUGGAUGAGAAAUAUCCUGCACAGCCAAAACAAUUUUUUAUCAAGAUUGUCAGUCAGCCAGCGGCCGCACAUUCUGGACGGCUUCUCGUCCUCUACUGUACUGUACAUCUGCUGCUGCCAGCUGCCACACUUGUAUUAAAAGCGGCUUGGUGAUGCAUGACUGUGUGAAUAUUACAGUCCAGUAAAACAUGUUUUGCCUUGAAAUCAUGUUUGUUGCUCGGAUGGCUGCACAGUCCGCUGCUACCAGACACUAAGGGUUAUUCUAGGACAAGAAGUUUACUUUUGUCUCAUGAUUUUUUCAUGCUAUCUUUUAGCAGGGAAACUGAACAUCAACAUUGUUCAAUGUUCACCCAAUGUGAGUGUGUAUUCAUCUUUUAUUAUUCAGAGGAGAAACCUCAGCUGGUAUCCACACAUUCAUAUCAAAAACCUAAAGCUCCGGGAACCAUCUCCAACAUCUGAUGAAGAUUUUUCCUGGUUUGAAUGUCUGAAACAGGAUGUUGCCCCCUUACAGUUUUAUUAUUUUCUGUUGUACCUGCCAAGAAGAUAAAUUAAUCAAGAAAUAAAAAGAUGAUGCUGUUCAUUUC